AAUUACUAAAAUUUGCUAAAAAUUACAGAGACUUCAACCACGACAAGCUCCUCCGCGCCCCACGUUCCCUCAACGACGCAGAGUGCUUGUUCGUGGCCGCCGAUACUGACGAGAAGUCCAUAGUGCAGGGAACCAGCCACCGCUUGCCAGGUCUUGAGAGGGCGGAGGGGACCUCGCUCGUGCGCCAGUGACAAGCGAUGGCUUUCUACGUCGAAUCGGCUUUUGGGAGAUCUACGACCUUCAGCGCUGCCUCAUCACCCGUCCACUUGUUUACGGUCUUGAGAGGGCGGAGGGGACCUCGCUCGUGCGCCAGUGACAAGCGAUGGCUUUUCUACGUCGAAUCGGCUUUUGGGAGAUCUACGACCUUCAGCGCUGCCUCGUCACCCGUCCACUUGUUUACGGUCUUGAGAGGGCGGAGGGGACCUCGCUCGUGCGCCAGUGACAAGCGAUGGCUCUUCUACGUCGAAUCGGCUUUUGGGAGAUCUACGACCUUCAGCGCUGCCUCGUCACCCGUCCACUUGUUUACGGUCUUGAGAGGGCGGAGGGGACCUCGCUCGUGCGCCAGUGACAAGCGAUGGCUUUCUACGUCGAAUCGGCUUUUGGGAGAUCUACGACCUUCAGCGCUGCCUCAUCACCCGUCCACUUGUUUACGGUGA